AGCCUGUACUAUCACCAUGUCGGCAACGACGUCCUCCGAGCCCAGCCUGCCCGCCUUCGGCCGCGUCGUCUCGUUUGUAGAUGACAAGAAAGACUACCUCGACGAGAACGCUGAUUUCCAGACCGAUGUCGCUCCUUCGAGGCCGCCAAUUGACUACUCAUCAGUUGGAGCAUUCUCGAGCAGUAUGUGGAGGCGGUUCGUGAGCCUGUGGACAAAGCGGUUCGUUCUAUCGCUGCUCGCCGGCCAGCUCGUGUCGUUGUGCAUCACUUGCACGAACGUCACGACGACAGAGCUGGUAAGCAGGAAUUGGGCCCUGCCGACGACUCAGACAUGGUUCUUGUACUUCUCACUCUUCAUCACGUACACCCCGUACACGAUCUACCAGUACGGUUUCAAGGGCUGGGGCAAGAUGAUCCUUCAUGACGGUUGGAAGUACAUUAUCCUCGCCGCCUGUGAUGUCGAAGGCAACUUCCUCGUCGUCAAAGCAUACGACUACACGACCCUCCUUUCCUGCAUGCUCCUCGACGCAUGGGCGAUCCCCGUCUGCAUUUUCUUCUGCUGGAUCUAUAUGCGCCCCAAAUACCACUGGACGCAGCUCGCCGGCAUCGUCGUCUGCGUCGGCGGCCUUGGCAUGCUCGUCGCCUCGGACGAGAUGACGGACAAAGACUGGCCCGCGCUGAGCCGCGCCAAGGGCGACGUCUUCAUGCUCGUCGGUGCGACGCUCUACGGCUUCACAAACGCGACGGAGGAGUUCUUUGUCCGCCGGCGCCCGCUCUACGAGGUCGUCGGUCAGCUCGGUAUGUGGGGCACGCUCAUCAACGGCAUCCAGGCCGCGGGUCUUGAGCACAAGGACAUGACCCUUGCAAGCUGGAACGGCGCGACGAUCGGCAUUCUCGUCGCGUACACCGCAGCGAUGUUCAUCCUCUACACUGUCGCGCCGAUCCUCUACCGCAUGGCGUCCUCGGCGUACUACAACAUCAGUCUGCUCACGAGCGACUUCUACGGCCUGCUCUUCGGGCUAUUCCUCUUCCACUACAAGGUCUACUGGCUCUACUUCGUUGCAUUCGCCGUCGUCGUCCUCGGUCUGAUCAUCUACUUUUGGACCGCCACGCCGGAGGAACAAGGAAAGAUCGACCCUCGCUCCCCAGAAUACGUCCAGAGGCGCCACGAGUCUGAUCGCAUUGCGGGCCAAGUGUAGGCACAUUCAAAAGCCGUCUACAUUGAAAUCAUUUCUCUAAUGUGCUUGUAUUCGGUUUGUACCAUAUAACACGACCCUUACCACCAAGAUAUACAUCUUGGAAUGACAAAUGGAGGAUUUUAUUGUGAGCUUCAC